AUGAAGCUGCUGACUGUAAAUUUCCUCACAUGCGCGGUCAAGACCUGCAAAACCUCUAGCGAAUCCUACCCGUUACAUUUCCGCGAUGCUCAGCUUGAGCAGAAUCCUCAGACUUUCAACCCUCUAUUCAUUCGCAACAUCUUGUCACGUCUGGACUGGUCGGCGCUGAACACUACCGCGAACGAGCUCGGUUUGACUGCUAUGCUACCUGAUCAUAACCCUGCCGACGAUAUGAUGGUGGACAGCGAAGGUGCGACCGAGGAAGAGAAGAAUAGAGCAAAAGACAACGUGAUCAGCGAAGAAGUCUUGAAGAAGUUACAUACCUUCCUGGUUGACACAGGUGUAAUUGAAGGAAAGCUGGUGUGCGGGAAUUGUGGCUUUGAAUAUCCUAUCAAAGAGGGUGUCGGAAACUUUUUGCUUCCACCUCACCUGGUGUGA